UGAGCACUGGGUGGGACAGGGUCUCCCGGGCUGCAGCUGAAGGAGCUACGCUCGGGGAGAACUUUGGAAGGUAGGUCGCACAGUUGCGCCUCUGCCUGUUUUUCUAAGGCUGGAUGACAGUUCCUGCUAGUUAUCUACUGACUGGAGGCAGCAAACUUAAAAAAACAAACAAACAAAGCCCUGUGUCACCGAAAUUGCACUCUUUGAAAGACAGUUGCGUUCUUUUCUGUCUGUGACAGGUGUCUCCACCCAAGACUUCACGUUUAUAAGUCAGGAAAACUAGGGGUCAUAGCGCAUACAGGAAGAAGCAGGCGUGCUCCUUGCUUGUUGUCGCAGCGUUAAUUGUUGGGAGGCGUGCACUUGUUAAGGUCCUAGUAAACCUUGUGAAGCGCGGCUGUAAAACCUGGCAGUUCUGCUUCAUAGCUCAGGAAGGGGGUGUGGCUCUGGCACAGGUAGGUCAGGGCAGGCAGUAGUGUCUCCUCCUACCAUGGCUCUUGCUGUCCUACCCCUGUUUUAACCUUGUGAAGGGAUUUUUUUUUUUUUUUUCCUUUUUGAAGUGUAUGAACCUCUUUAUAAGUUGACCAGUGUUGUGCGCAAAGUUGUGUACACAUGACUGGUGUGGUUGUUUCCAUUGCAGGGACGGAAACCUGGGGCAGGUGAGCAUCCCUGCCUCCUGUUCAGUGGCUGGGGUGCAGUGUCCCUCUGUGGGGCCCAGUGCCCUGGGCACUCAGUUCCCUUUCUCCCCACCCUGGCCCUCCCCUGGAGAGGUGGGCACCGGCCCCUGCUGCUCUCCCGGUGGCACAGGUUCAUUCUCUGACUGUUGAACAUUUUCCACCUGGUUCCACAUGGCUAGAGCCUGCCUGCCUCGCAGUCCGGGGCACCUCAUCCCGCGUCCAGUUCUCUUCUCUCAUCUUUGGAGACGGAGCCAGGUCUUCAGCCAUCUGUACCUGCCGCAGAGUGCAGGGGAGGUGGCUGGGCUGCACUCUCAUCUGCCACCGCCAGAGCCAUCCGCCUGGCCUUACGAGGGAGAGGCUCGCUGUGUGUGACACCCCGGUGUGCUUUCAGCAUUGCUUUGAAGUCAGGUCUUCCUUGACCAUUGCUUGGGCCCUGAGGAGCCUGUAAACCCGCCACCUGGACGAUGGACAUGCUGCUUGAUGUUGCCGUUUCACUGGGUAGAAAACCCCUGAGGGAAAGACCUCUGCUCCAUGCUGUUCUGUUACUCUGACUGCAUGGAAACGACCCCGAGGCCCAGGCAGGCCGGUCACUGGUCACAGCAGCUAGUGAGCCUCACGUGCAGCCGCCCUGCAGAGCAGAGGAGCCCAGUCAGGUAAUGCUGCCAGUCAGCCCAGUAGCUGGCCUAGUGACGAGUUCCCAGCUGUGCGUAAUUUUCUUUUCUGUGUGUUUUUGGCGUUUCAGGUCUUGGGGUAUCUUACUGCAGUGGUUCGUCCCGGGGCCUUUUGAGACUCUGAGCAGUGGUAGCAUUUCUCCUGGAACGCAGGUGUGAAAGGGUGUGUAAAGCACCAGCCCGGAGCCAGGCUCUGUGGCCGGAGUUGUCCUUGUGUCCAUCAUCACUGUCACCAGCUGGCCUCGUCCUGACCACACCAGAGGUUGUUCUCCGGCAGUGAACAGUUCCAGGAAUACAGAGACCUUGUCUCUGGAUGUAGUGGCAAUGGCAGACGCUCUUUUGACCUGUGAUGGGAUUGCGUGUUUCUGUAGCGCUCACACUGUCGGGGAGAGCGGGGAUUGUUCUGACCUUUUAGAAAGAGGAGGGAAUGGGGUCCCAGCAGGUUCUGACAUACCAAUCUGGUCCCUGCUGGGCUUCCCCGGGUUUCCUCCACACUGCUGUCUGCUUAGGCUGCAUUUCACCCGGAGCAUCCCCGUGCGGGAAGUAGAUGGAAUAAGGGUCUGUUUCUGUUCUUGUAAUGCGUAUGUGGAUUGAAAUUAUUUUGAUUUGGAAAUAUUCUGACAAGGCACUGUUAGCAGAAAGUAUUUCUGUUAAUUAUUUGUCCUUUCUUUUUACUUGUCUGCUUUUUUUUUCAAUUCAUGUGGAUACAUUGAAGUCUCCAAAGGAAAGGAAAAUAUACACAUAAAAUAAUAAGGAAACAAGCCUGGUGAUGGAUAAGGACCGGCACAGGAGGAGGCUGUGUAGGGCGGUCCUGGUACGCUUAGAAGGAUGUAGUCACCCCGUCGUCAUGAAGGGCCUGUGCGCCGAGUGUGGCCAGGACCUGACCCAGCUGCAGAGCAAGAACGGGCGGCAGCAGGUGCCACUGUCCACGGCCACCGUGUCCAUGGUGCACAGCGUCCCCGAGCUCAUGGUGAGCUCCGAGCAAGCUGAAAAGCUGGGGAGGGAAGACCAGCAGCGCCUGCACCGCAACAGGAAGCUGGUGCUCAUGGUGGACUUGGACCAGACGCUGAUCCACACCACGGAGCAGCACUGCCAGCAGAUGUCCAACAAGGGCAUCUUCCACUUCCAGCUGGGCCGGGGCGAGCCCAUGCUGCACACGCGCCUGCGUCCCCACUGCAAGGAGUUCCUGGAGAAGGUGGCCCGGCUGUACGAGCUGCACGUGUUCACGUUUGGCAGCCGGCUGUACGCACAUACCAUCGCAGGCUUUUUAGACCCUGAGAAAAAGCUGUUUUCUCAUCGAAUAUUAUCAAGGGACGAAUGUAUUGACCCGUUUUCCAAAACAGGGAACCUUAGAAACCUCUUUCCCUGUGGAGACUCCAUGGUUUGCAUCAUCGACGACCGAGAAGAUGUCUGGAAGUUCGCCCCCAACCUGAUAACCGUGAAGAAGUACGUCUACUUCCAGGGCAUUGGGGACAUCCAUGCCCCAUCUGCGCCCCGGGAGCCCCCAGCGAGGAAGAGAGGUGCUGACGCUGCAGAGCAGCCUCUGUCCAUCAGGGACUCCGAGGAAGGAAGGCCAGCGUCUGCAGUGGAGAGUAAUGGCCUUGGGAGGCCCACCCGGGAGCUCAACGGGGGCCUGGGCCCUCGGGGGGUCUGGCCCUGCCAGGAGGAGGAAAGGGCUGCCCGGCCCACCACCCGCACCCCCUCGACUGACAGCCGUGGGCCUUCGGUGGGCGCCCAGCUGCGUGGAAAGACGCCGCCAGAGAAGAGGCCCAUGCGGGGUCCAGCCGGCCCCGACCCAGACCCGGACGUGCCUAGCGACAGCGGGAGCAGCAGCGAGUCUGAGGGCCAGCCCUCGCCCACCCCCUCCGACGGGGAGAGCAGGGAGAGGAGGACCCGGAGGAAGCCCCAGGCUGCCCUCGACGCCGGGAAGGCCACGCAGCAGGGAGGCCCCCCAGGUCCAGCCGGGGAGCGACUCGCAGGCGCCAACCACUGCGGGGAGCCUGGCACUGGUGUGCCGGUGGAUGCGCAGGAGGACGGGGAGCGGGACGGGCUGUGCGUGUUGGGUGGCGGAUGCACCGACCGCAAGGAGGCCGAGACGGAGUCCCAGAACAGCGAGCAGUCGGGCAUCACGGUGGGCGAGUCCCUGGACCAGAGCAUGGAGGAGGAGGAGGAGGAGGACGCCGACGAUGACGACCACCUGGUGCACCUGGAGGAGAUCCUCGCCCGCGUGCACUCCGACUACUACGCCAAGUACGACCGCUUCCUCAGUGGCGAGAGCUCCGAGGCCCCUGACAUCCGAAAGAUCGUCCCCGAGCUGCGCAGCAAGGUGCUGGCGGAUGUGGCCAUCAUCUUCAGCGGGCUGCACCCCACCAACUUCCCCGUGGAGCGCACGCGGGAGCACUACCACGCCCGGGCGCUGGGCGCGCGCAUCCUCACCCAGCUCGUGCUCGACCCCGAGGACCCUGCCCGGCCCACCCACCUCAUUGCCGCGCGGGCCGGCACGGAGAAGGUGCGCCAGGCCCAGGAGUGCGGGCAGCUGCACGUGGUCAACCCCGACUGGCUGUGGAGCUGCCUGGAGCGCUGGGACAGGGUGGAGGAGCAGCUGUUCCCGCUACGUGACGACCAGGGCAGGGCGCAGAGGGAGGACAGCCCCGCGUCCUUUCCCGACAGGCAGAACCUGCUCCCCACCACCCUAUUCCACCCGACUCCUGUGCACCCCAGGGCCCCACCUGGUCCUGAAGUCCGGAUCUACGACGCCAGCACGGGCAAGCUCAUCCGCACAGCUGCCUCAGGCCCCGGGCCACCCGGCGCCCUGCCCCACGCGGGGCUCUCUUCCUUCAGGGCGGUGCAGCCACGCCCCCAGCAGGUGUUUGGUGACGACCUGCCCGACAGUCAGGAUGGGGAGCAGCCUGGUCCUUCCCGGAGGAAGCGCCAGCCCAGCAUGUCGGAAACCAUGCCACUGUACACGCUGUGCAAGGAGGACUUAGAGAGCAUGGACAAGGAGGUGGACGACAUCCUGGGCGAGGGCAGCGACGACAGCGACAGCGAGAAGAAGCCUCCAGAGGAGGAGGAGCCGGGGCUCGGCCUAUUGCCUGAGGCCCUGGGGGCGCCGCGGGGGUGCCGGCUGGAGAGGAGCGCUGCAGAUGGCCGGGGACUCAGGGGCCACAAGAGGAAGCUGAACGAAGAGGACGCGGCCAGCGAGUCUAGCGGGGCAUCCAGCUGCGAGGACGAGGAGGGGGGCAGCUCAGAGGCGGACGAGAUGGCGGCUGCACUGGAGGCCGAGCUGGGUGACCUCAUGUGACCUGGGAUGGCCCGCAGCUCACCCACAGAAGGAUGUGUCUGUUUGCAGAGCUCCACCUGCAGAAACAUUAUUUUGCAGAAAUAGAUGUUUUUAGAAGUUACCACAGGAAGGCCAACUUGUUAAGGACAGCAUUGUGGGGAGCGCGGGCCACACCAGAGACCGUCGUUGAGGUCAGCCGGGCCACACGGCAGGGCCGAGCAUGGGGUCUGUCAUCAGAGGAGGGGUGUGGGCUGGAGCGUGGGGUCUGUCAUCAGAGCUGGGGGGGCGCUUAUGAUGUCAGUGCUGCAGCACGUCACUUAGGGUGAGGCCUGGGGCCCCGACAAGACUCAGGGGAUGGUGCGUGGGAGUCCGGCGGCGUCCUGGCUCUCCUGACGGAAGUGGCGGCGUGUGCAGGGUUUGAGUGAGGCUACGCGGCACGCACACACCUGUGCAGAGCGUGGAUGGGCCAGGGGGUGCCCAGCAUGCUGUGGCCCAUGGGGGCCCUGACACCAGGUCCCAUGGCUCCGCGCCCAGGCCGCCUCCUCACUCCCACGGGCAUCAGGACAAAGGCCACCGCCUUCAGCUCCUUCGUGAGAUCAGAUGUAAAGUUUUGUAUAUCUAUUUCAUAUGUGACCCACCGAACAGAUUUUUCUUUCAUUUAAUAAAACUCUUUUUUGUAA